CCCGUGCGAUCAUGCGCAGCCCCUGGCCGCGUCUACACUCGGCUCGGCUCACCAGAUGAACUGAUCUGCACACACACACACACACACACACACACAGAAACACACACACACAAGGCCACUGACAAGAGUAUGACAACGUUCGGGCAUCUCGCGUGGUCAGGUACUGGCAAACUCCUGUAGAGUCUGUCGGGCUCUGUGCAGUCCUUCUGCCACAUCGCCCUCAGCGACGCCCCUCUUGAGGAAGUGCACGGCGUUCUUGAUCUUGGACACCACCAUGUUGUUCGAGGCACGCAGCCUAUCGAAGCUCCUGCGGUCCGACUUAAGGAUCUUCCCUGCCAUGGGUCAGAAGCAGUCAGGGCAGCGACGCGAGAGGCAGUGGUUUGUGUACCGAAUUGGUCUUUGGUGUGUUUGUCCAUGCGGUUCGACGACAUGAUGUCGCUGAGCCCCUCUGAUGUGUCCUUGUUGAGUGCUUUGGUCCUCUUCAUGUUGGCCUCCAGCUUAUGCUGGAUGCUCUCCAGCUUCGUCACCAUCGCCUCGGCCUGCGUGCACCGCAGCGGCGUGGGUGAGGAGGAGAGUUGACGCACGUGUGGCCCUCUUACCUCUUUCUUGUCUGCGGCUCUGUCCUUGGUCUGCGCCUUCGGCCCUCCAUCGUGAUGGAUCUGCCCGAGACUCGACGCUGCUGAACCGAACCACAAGCUGGGUUAAUGCAUGCAAACUGAAAGAUUUCUUCUCACGUGCUACCUGCUUGGCCUCCCACAACCAGCCAUGAGGCCAGCAGCACCGAGAACGAAAGGAAAACCAUUGGGAG